UGUUUGUCUUUCAAGAUGAUCUGAGGCGGGCACUCCUCUCUACUCUGUUUCUCUCUCUUUCCUUCUCCUUUAGUCAUUUUUAUCCCUCAGUCACUCGUUCCUCCUCCCCUCAUGUUCUGGUCUCUCCCCCUCUCUGCUGAGCAUGGUGGGUGAGUGAGGAAAAAGGAAAAAAAGAGAGACUGGACGGGAGAGGGUAGGAUAGAGUGAGGGUUGGGGAAGAAGGGAGAAAAAAGAGAAAAGGAGGAGAAGAAGGAAAGAGAGACUGGACGGGAGAGGGUAGGUUAGAGCUAGGGUUGGGGAAGAAGGGAGAAACAAGAUAAAAUAAGGAAAUAAAGAGAGACUGGACAGGAGAGGGUAGGAUAGAGCUAGGGUUGGGGAAGAAGGGAGAAACAAGAUAAAAUAAGGAAAUAAAGAGAGACUGGACAGGAGAGGGUAGGAUAGAGUGAAGGCUGGAGAAAAAAAUGAAAAGAAGGAAAGAAAGAGAGACUGGACAGGAGAGGGUAGGAUAGAGCGAAUGUUGGGGAAGAAGGAGAAAAAAGAGAAAAAGAUGAGAAGGUGAGAAAGAGAGACAGGACGGGAUAGGGUAAGAUAGAGUGAGGGUUAGGGAAGAAAAGGAAAAUAAGAAAAGGAGGAAGAGAAGGUGAGAAAGAGCGACUGGAUGGGAGACGGUAGGAUAGAGCGAGGGUUGGGGAAGAAGGGAGAAAAAAGAGACAAGGAGGAAGAGAAUGAAAGAGAGGCUGGAUGGGAGAGGGUAGAAUAGAGUGAGGGUUGGGGAAGAAGGGAUAAAAAAGAGAAAUGGAGGAGGAGAAGGCGAGAAAGAGAGACUCGACGGGAGAGGGUAGGAUAGAGCGAAGGUUGGGGAAGAAAAGGAGGUGGAGAAGGCAAGAACGCAAGAGAAAAAAGAGACAAAGAAAGCAGUCUCGAUAUGCUAGAUGAUUUGGAGUUUUGAUGGGGACAGGGUAGAAGGGGCGUUUGGAGUCGGAGACGGGGGAGGGGGAGUUGUAGGAACAUGCUGGCUUACUGCUGAUGUGAGUGUCUGCACUCUGCUGAGACUCAGACGGAGUAAACUAGCACAACAUCAGUCCAACCAAGACUCCUGAACUGAAGAACACACUGAAUGUACAAGAGAUAGUCAGGAAUAUCCAACCUGGAGGAAAAUUGAAGUUCAGUAAAAUAUGUUUCUUUUUUAAAUUAAAAACAAAGGUGUUUUGGUGUUAAAGCCUUGGUCAGGCAGCAGGGUGCUCUGAGACUCAUAGACGAAACACAGAGUCAUGGAUUCAUACUCUGACUCUCCUUUUAACUACUCCUGGCCCUCUUUCCCCAAGACGAGCAUACGCAAGAAGAUGGACAAGCAAGAGAAGAGCCAGUCAAUGACGAGGGCCCAGGCUCUGUCCUCUACUCUGGCUGCUGCCUCCAGACUCUCAGCCAUGAUCCACCAACCAGGGAAGGACCAGGUGUAUGCCAAAGCCAUGCUGGUGGACCAGGUGGAUGACCUGGAUAUAAAGUACCGUUCUCCAGUGGAGGAGGAGGUGAGCUCUGUGCCACAGAGGAACAGCCCUGCCUGGGACUCCUUCUUUGGAAGUCUCCCUGGCUCCACGGCUCCUCACAGGGACCAGGCCUUCCCCCUUCCUUCCUCUCCCUUGGCCUACCCCUUUCCUUUCUCUGGUGGUGGUCAUAGGGGGAGGAUCCAGCCGUCCAUCUCCCUCUCCUCUGGGCUCAGUCACAGAGGAACCAGUCGGCCUGAGAAGACCUGUGCACUGAGUUCCAGUCUGGAACCAGUAGAGUGUGACAGUUGGGAGGAGGACACCCUGUGCCAGUCUCCCCCCUCCCUCCCCAACUUCUCAUUUCCCUGGCAACGCUCUGACCUGCAAACUAGCUCUGGGGACGAGAGGGACUCCUUUGACAACUUGUUGGACUUCAACCGUACACACUCUAACAGUUCACACACACCUUCCAAGGAUCAGUCAGACCCACAGCUUCGUCUGCGCUCUUACUCCUACUCCUCCCCCAAGGCCCAGCUUUCACGCCCCCUGUUCACCAGAGAUGCAGCGAUCUCCGACCUGACAGAUGAGCAUAGAGACUUCAACUUGACUGAGACACCCAGAGAGAAGAGGGAUGUGGGUUUCCGUAAGAGGGCCCAGUCUGCUGAGGACAAAGGCAGCUCGUCAUCAUCACUCCAACACCUCACCCUCUCAGAGUUCCUCAAAGAGAUUGAGGACGAGGAGUGGGAUAAAUACAUAAUUCCCUCCAAGGUUGAGUCAGAGAAAUACAAAGUCAGCAGAACCUUCAGCUUCCUGAAGAGCAGGAUGUCCAGCCCACGUAACAAGAUCAAGGUGAAGGAGGGAAAAGAGAAGACUGGAAAGGAGAAGACAGGAGCAACUAACGUACUACACCAGUUUGUGCCAGUCUCUCCCUCAGGACCCUCUGGGCUGUCUGUAUAUGUGGCCUGUGACAAACCUGUCCCUGAGAAAGAGUUGCUGCAGUGUACCAACUGCUCUCUGAGUGUCCAUAAGGGCUGUCAUGACUCGGCUGCAGCCUGUUGGAAGAGGCCUCUGGAGAAGAAUGUGGCGAUGUUAAAGACCAAAUCUCUCCCACACAUGAUGAGGGAGGGUUCCCCUGCCUCCCUCACCUCUUCCUCCUCCCUCCUCACCAUGCUGCCCCGAGGCAGAAAAUAUAUGACUGCUCCCCUAUCUAAGAGUCCCUCUGAGUCUACAGACAGGAGGCUGAGGGAUCCUGUGGGGGUCAGUGUGGCCAGUGACGUGUGGAACAGCUGCUCCCUUAAUGAAGAGGCGGUACAGGUCACAGGGACCGUCCCAUCCAUAGACCACCAUCUCACCACACAGGAGUCGGUCGACACCCCCCUGCUCAGUGACCUAUCGGCUGACCUGUUGGGGUUUGAGGUGGAGUCCUGGAGUCUGGCCGUCACAACUGAGUUCUGCAGAAAACACGACAAACACACCGUAAAACGUCAGGAUGUCAUCUACGAGCUGAUGCAGACAGAGUUGCACCACAUCCAGACACUGACGGUGAUGUCUGAGGUGUUUCGUCGAGGGAUGCUGGAUGAGCUCCAACUGGACUGGGAGUGUGUGGCUCGCAUCUUUCCCUGUCUGGAUCCUCUCCUGCUCUUCCACAGGAAUCUCUUCGGAUCUCUACAGGAGCGGCGAUACGCUUCAGCCCAGCCCGGACACCCACACAACUACUGCAUCCACAGUAUAGGGGAUAUACUGUUGCAACAGUUCUCAGAAGACAAUGCUGUGAAGAUGAAGCAAGUGUACGGAGAGUUUUGUAGUCACCACACGGAGGCUGUCAAAGUCUUCAAAGAGCUGCAGCAGCAGAACAAGAAGUUCCAGGUGUUUGUCAAACAACAGAGUAACAACUCUCUGGUCAGAAGAAGGGAGGUGCCAGAGUUCAUCCUGUUAGUGACUCAGCGCAUCACCAAGUACCCUGUACUACUGGAAAGGAUACUGCACUAUACACCCGAGGGCAGUGAGGAGCACACUGAGCUGUCGCGGGCACUCACUCAUGUGCGUGACAUCAUCACUGCAGUGGACAUGAGUGUGAGUGAGUACGAGAAAGCCCAGGAGCUGCAGGAGGUGUUGAGUCGCGUGGAGAACAAGAGCCUGGCCAAGCUGAAGAGCGGCGAGGUGUUCCGCAAGGACGACCUGCUAGGAAAACACCAACAGAGGGCGCUACAGCACAAAGGACUUGUCUACUGGAAAACUGCUACGGGAAGACUGAAAGACACCCUGGCUCUGCUGCUGACUGAUGUCCUGGUGUUCCUGCAGGAGAAGGACCAGAGACUCAUAUUUGCUGCCGUGGACCAGAAGCCCCCAGUCAUCCCCCUGCAGAAGCUAAUUGUGAGAGAGGUAGCCAAUGAGGAGAGAGGGAUGUUCCUAAUCUCUGCCUCCUCAGUGGGGCCUGAAAUGUACGAGGUUCACACCUCCUCGAAAGAAGAGAGGAACGCCUGGAUGAGACACAUACGACGGGCCGUAGAGAGUUGUCCUGAGGAGGAGGAAGAGAGAAGUGUUGAGACUGAGGUCAGACGGAACACUGAGCUGAGAGUUCAGAAGAUCUACAAACUCCAAGACACCCUGGCAAGACAGGACCAGCGUAUCUGCAGUGGUCUGGAGGAGAAGCUACAGCUGUAUGCCGAGCUGACAGAGUUAACCCUUCAUACGCCAGAGCCCCUGCCACAGCACCACCUACUGGUCCAACCAGACCCUGAAGCUCAGAUGCCACCGCAGACCACUGCACUACUCACAGCUGCACUCAAAGAGGCGGAGAAGCUGAUGUCUACCCUGCAGGCCAGUGAGGCCCCCACUGAGCCCAGCCACAGCCCCCUUGUCAGAGUCCCAGAGUACUGCAGCUACAACAGCCAUUGCAGGAUCCAGGAUUCACCCACUGAGUUGGACUAUCUGAGCACGCUCAGUGUGAGCUCGGCCUCUCUGGUGUCGGAUGGCGAGUGGGCAGGGCCAGACACCAUCUUGUGGCACUCUAGAACCGAGCUGAGGAGAAGAGACACCAAUGGAACACCAAUGAAGGUGGCAGAGAGUGUCCAGAGCCUGACCCAGCUGCUCUACAGUCUGCAGGCAGCUGUGACCAUCCAGGACAGCUGCUAUGAAGUUCAAAAGCUCCUCCUAUUGGAGCUAGAGCACCCGCUCCCAGACACCCCCUCCUGUCUCCAUGGCAAUGGGGCCCAGGGGCAGGAGAAACAGCGGAAUGCUGAGAAGAAAAAGGAGGAGGUAGAAAGGAGGAGUGUGGAAAGGAGGAGAGAGGAGGUGGAGGGGAUUCAGAAGCUACAGGGGAGGCUGAGACAGGACCAGCAGCGUUGGGAGAGAGAGUGUCUGGCCAGGGAGAGACAACAGAGGGAGCAGGUGAAUCUGUUGGCGCAGCGUGAGCGACAGUGCCACCUGGAGGCUGAGAGCCUGCGCCACAAGCAGGAAGAGCUGGAGCAGCAACUGUUGGAGUACCAGCAGAACCUAGAGAGGCUGAGGGAGGGUCAGAGGAGCAUGGAGAGGGACAGGGACAGGGUUGAAGCCGAGCACAGGCUGCUCCAGAGCUGGAGACACAACCGCCAGAGCUCCCUGCCUAUUAUGAUAUCGCUGGACCUGGACCAGGUGUCCAACCACAGUCGGUCAGGCAGCCUGGACGGCAACGAGGAUGCUCUUCUCCAUUCCCUCCAACAGAAUCGUCUCCACCACAACCAGCACCAGAGCCUCCACUCUGGCCUGAGAAAGAGCCAGGAUAGCCCCAAUCACAGCCCCAUCCAUAGCCCCAACCUGAGCCUCAGGCCCAGCCUCUAUAACAGCCUCAACACUCUGCUCAGCCAGGCCCACAGUAAACCAUCCACAGAAUCACUGACACACCAACACUAUGCUCACCACCAGCACAGCCACCUCCAGUCAGGAAGCUCCCCAAACAACCCCUUUAGGAGCAGGUUCACUACAGGUCAUGAGGGGCCCAACAACAACAAUUUCAGCCCUCCUCGGGACAGGCUGACCCUGGGGUUGUUGGGAUCAUUGGGGUCAGGGGUCACAGGCCUGGGUCUGUACGAGGAGAACUUCCCCGCCUCGGCAUCCCUCACUCCUCUCCUCACCCCACAGGCCUACUUCUCUUUGAAUGGAAAGAACAGGGAGGAUGGGGGAGAGGAGAACAUUGUGUACCUCUGAGGAAUGACAAGACUGAUGGGCAAGAGUGAUGGGAGAGAAGUGCCAACUGCCUUAUGUACAUCUAUCAAUGUACCCCCGGUCUGCCUUUGUGUGUGUGUGCGUGUAAAUUAUUUUUACAAAAAAAUGGGAAUGCAGGGCUGUAACUAGGGUUUGAGUUUUAGUGAGGACCGGAAGCGACUAAACAAAAAAUAAUUACAUUUUUAGCUGUAUUGUACUGUAUUGUUUGCAUUUUAAUGUAGGCCUUUAGGGAAGAUAUGCCAUUUGAAUGUUUAUACUGAAACAUUUAAGUUCAUAGCUUGUUUGAUAAGAUUAGUACAGAUUUUCUCAGGGGACCCCACUUUGGGCCUUGACCCCAACUUUAGGAACCACUGUACUAACCUCCCCCUCUGCUUGCUCCCUCUCUUAUCUGCUUCCGCCUUGCAGCCUACCAUCGCUGUCUGUAUCAGUAGCUUACUUUAUAAAGCAAAGUUAUAACUUAGUAUUUUUUUUUCUCCUGCUGAGGUAGGCUCCAUUUAACAUUAGCUUCUUACUUCAUCCUUCCAGCUGGCUGAGGAAAACUAGCCAGAGCCCUUCAACUUACUGCAAUAAAUCUCCACCAGCAGAUGGCCACCUGACUGACAUAUCUAUAAGCGACUAUUUACCAGUUGUGCACUCAUUCUCUGAGAAUCGUUUUUUGUUUGGGGGAUGUCUGUAGACACGGCUGGAGUGCGAGACAGUUAAAUUGCCUUUAGUCCGGCAUCUCGCAACACUGUCAACAUUGUCUCUAGACUAGUUUCCUAUUCAGCCGAUUGCAAGCUGGGGUAGUAUAAUUUCACGUCGCUCUCGGCAUGUGCCGCGAACGGGCAGAGUUAACCGCUUGAGAGAGUGGAGAAUGUGCUGCUAAAAAGGCAAAUCCAGGCGUACAUAAUGGAAAACCACUGUUCAUGAUUCCACUCAUUCACAAAGUGGCAGGCGUGAUUGGAACUCAGUCAGAUCAAUGAUAUAAGCAUUCUGAGCUUUGAUCAACGCUGGGAGCAAUAUUUAGAUGUUGACCCUUAAUAGAUCUUUAUACACUGAGUAUACCUGUAAUAAUGGAGCUGUGAGUCGGGAAGCAGGUGCAGUUGAAACGUUUAAUAAAACAGCAAAACAUUUCCAUAUGGCUACACUCCGGUACACAAGAAUAAUACCAACUGGUGAGUGAACAUUGAAGAGUGACUUAAAGGGGAGGAAAUUAUGAAUGAAGUCCAGGUGUGAAUCAUAAAGGAUUAACAGGUGCGCGUAAUGAUGAGUGCCAGGUGUGCGUAAAUGAUGAGUCCCAGGACCAGUGGUUAGUAUUCCAACGACGUCAUGCACCAGAGGGGAGGAGCAGAUGUGACAGUACCCCCCCCCUGACGUGCGGCUCAAGCCGCAGGAUGACGCCGACCAGAGGGAGGACCCCGAGGAAUCGGGGGGGUCCGAGCGGCAAAAGUGGAAAUCACAGAUGAUGUUGGGGUCCAGAAUGUCCACCGCUCCUCUGGGCCAUACCCCUCCCAGUCCACCAGAUACUGGGGGACAGUAUCAGCUAGGGGACCACAGGCCUGAGAAGGGAGACAUGAAGAGGGGGAGAUACGAUAGUGACUGGGUAGUUGUAACCUGUACAUCACCUUGUUGGCCCUCCGGAGAACCUUGAACGGCUCCACAAACGGGGGGCUCAGUUUCUUGCCUCCCACCUUGUAGUGGGAGGUUCCUGGUAGAGAGCCAGAUACUUUCUCCAGGAUGGUACACAAGGGUCUCACUGCAUUGGCGGUCUGCCUGUUCCUUCUGACGGUGGACAGUGCGCCGGGGUCUCACGUGCGCAUUGCUCCACGUACCGGAACUACUCAUCUACCACAGGAGCCGCGGUCUGGCCCACGGGGCCAGGGCCGGCUGGAAACCCAAAACACACUGGAAGGGGGUCAACCCAGUGGAGGAGUGACAUAGGGUGUUCUGGGCGUAUUCGGCCCAGGGAAGGAAUCGUGCCCACUCACCCUGGUCCUAACAGUGGCUCCUUAGGAACCUCCCCAGCUCCUGAUUCAUCCUCUCCACCUGCCCGUUGGACUGAGGCCGAUCCCCGGAAGUGAGGCUAAGAAGGCCCUCCAUUCUCGUGAUGUGAAUUGGGUGCCACUGUCAGAGACGAUGUCCUCAGGAAGGCCAUAAUGUCAGAAGACCUGCUGGAAGAGUGCCUCAGCGACCUGGAGAGCAGUGGGGAGACCAGGAAGAGGGCUUAAUCAAUAGGACUUGGAAAAUAUAUCCACUACCACUAGAAUGGUGGUGAAACCAUCAGAAGGGGGACGAUUGGUUACAAAGUCAAUGGAUAGAUGUGACUAAGGUCACUGAGGCACGUGAAACAGCUGGAGCUUACCUGCUGGAGUAUUCCGGGGGACUUGGUUUGAGCACAUAUGGAACAGGAGUUGACAUACCGAGUGACAUCCUGCAUCAAGGUGGGCCACCAAUACUUCUCAGCGAUGGAGGGAUGGUGCGAGAAAUACCUGGAUGUCCAGCGACGAUAGCUGUGUGUGCCCAGGUCAGCAGCUGAUCCCUUAUCCCUGUGGGAAUGUAGAUGCGCUCGGGA